AUGCCAAUCGCGGCGCUCCCUCCAACAACCGCACGGGCGAUCGGCUCGGCGUCCGUCAUCUCCGACCCCUGCUCGAUUGUUAAGGAGCUGUUGGACAACGCCCUCGACGCAUCAGCCACUUCUUUGACAAUCGAGAUCUCGCAGAACACUGUCGAUGUGGUGCAAGUCAAAGACAACGGGACCGGCAUCCCGAGCGAAGACCACCCAUUCGUCUGCAGACGCUCCUUCACCAGUAAGAUUCAGACCGUGGAAGAUCUCCGGCAUGUCGGAGGAACAUGGCUGGGCUUCCGCGGCGAAGCGCUCGCCAGUGCUGCCGAGGUCUCCAGCAGCGUGGUCGUGACAACCAGAGUUGAGAACGACUCGGUCGGCUACGUGCUCAAGUAUGGUCGAGACGGGGAACUGAUCAGUACGCAGCGCACGGCGCACCCGGUGGGAACAGCCGUUCGCAUCGCGGAUCUCUUCAAGCACAUACCCGUGCGACGGCAGACGGCCUCGAAUAACGCCGCCAAGACGCUGGUCCGCAUCAAAAAGCUGGUCCAGGCCUAUGCCUUGGCGCAGCCUGCGAAGCGGCUGUCCCUCAAAGUACUGAGGGCGAAGAACGAGAGCAACAACUGGAUGUACGCGCCAGGCAAGGAUGCGACUCUCUCGGACGCCGCCUUCAAGGUGGUGGGUAAGGAUGUUGCCUCGAACUGUGUUGUGAGGGAAUGGGGAGAUGAUCCUCCCGCUGGCAUAGAGAAAGAGACCGGACGGCACUAUCAUUUGACCGCGCUUCUCCCGGACCCAGAGCUUGAUAUUGCGCAAACCAGCAACUCGGGUCAGUACAUCAGCAUUGAUGGUAGACCGCUGUCGGCUGCGAGAGGUCUCGGUCAAGACAUUGCGAAGUUGUUCAAGUCUUAUAUAAAAUACGCAGCGAGUUAUUGGCAGGGCCAAUCGAAUGUUACUGACCCGUUUCUGUGUCUGCAUAUCCGCUGUCAGGAAGCGACUUAUGAUGUCAACAUCGAGCCUGCGAAGGAUGAUGUCUUGCUUGAAGACCCGCAGGAGCUGCUUUCCGCUGUGGAGGACUUGCUUCGCGGUAUCUACGGAGGACAAACUGAAUCCACCGAGCAGCCACGCUCUUUGCAAAAAGGAAAAGCGCCGGUCAGAGAGUCGAAUGGGUUUGACUUGCUUUUGGCUCGCAAGGACCCGACCGAGGCUACGCAGAGUACAACAACGAGCAGUCACCCGCCGGGGUUCAUGUCAGCACAUUCGAUGCCGAAAGCCACGCCACCGUCUACCGAUGCAUCUCAUACGUCCGAUUUGAACAACAUAAGACGGAAGCGUUUGGAAGCGCUGAACCCAUGGUCUUUCACGAAGUUGAAUGUACUCAGCGGCUCUUCUAGGACUUCGUCACAUACUCAGUCAACCUACGAAGCCAUCGGCGACAACUUUGCAGAGAGUCGCAGGAACUCAUUAGAGUCGCGACCUGCUCAUUCACCAGAGUCGCUUCUUCCGAGCCCGUCCGCAUCGAGCACGAGCACGCUGGCCAUCUCUCCGUCACGAGCUCAGAUUUCCCCCAUUAGACUACAGGCUUCGCGCAGUCCCCCAGAGCACAAUACUCACGAAAGUGUGAAACGUGCAAUGCGGGAUCGUGACAGAGAGCGUUACGGAAAUGGAUCGCUUGACACCUGGUUUGGAAAGACUACGCAAGUGGCGAUGUCCCGAUUGGAGGCCUCAGGGCAGCCACGCGAGGAACCAGAGGAGCCUUCUUUGGCGAACUUAGCAGCCCAGCGUUUCGAAGCGUCCAAUACAACCUUCCAGGAACCACAAAAUUCCGCCGACGAUGUACCUGACAGCCCCACUGCGGCGACAGCAAUGUCGCAGGUCCUGGAUCGCUCCCCAUCAGCAACCGAAGAUACGGAGAUCCAGGGCAAUCACCGCGGACUUCCAGUCCUCGAACGAUGGUCCUCGAGGCUUCAUCAAUUGUCUAGGGAUAGUCAAAACGAACUUGAGAAAGCACUGGACUUCGAACGCCGGAAGCGCGAUGCCAUACAGGAGCGGCGUAAACAGCUCCAGAGCAGUCAGGCCACGUCUACCGCCCGCUCACCGCACCUGAACCGAUACCUCAAUGCGCGAGCUGCUCUCAGCUCCAAUCCAGCGAUCGGCCAUCCUCAUGAUAUGGUCGAGCUGGAGCAGACAAACAGACCCGUGCUGUCUCCACAUGACCCGAGGUCAUACCUGAUACGCUACCGCGCGCAGAACGCGACCUCGGACGGGACGUCGAAACCCAAGCGAAUCAGCACUAACAAGCUACCAUUUGAGAAUAUCCCAGAGGAGCACGCACUUUUUGAUACGGGUGUGACAGUAUCGACAGAUGUCUCACGGCUCUUGAAACUGGCUAAAGGAAUGAGCCCAGAACCCUUAUACACGGAUCCCGUGACUGGGACGGACACGUCGAGUAUUUUCGCGACCGACUCACCAAUUGAUCUAUGGACCCAGCGUCUAAAUGAAUUGAUACGAGCCAGAUAUAGAGAAGCACAACCGAAUGUUCUUCCAUUGCGUUUCAAUUUCUCAUCUCCAUCUCAAUGA